AUGAAUUCCGAUAAAAUUGAUGCUUGGAUUGAUCACAAAAAUAACAUAAAAACGAUACGUGUGAAUAACGAAGCUAGCAAGGAUAAUCUACUGCAGGCAGUUGUUGCGGAAGUUGUCAGUAAUAUCGUUGAUUUGGUAUGUAAGGGAUGUAUGUCAUUCGAUUACUUUUUUGAUCGUUUCAAUAUUGUCGGCUCAGCAAGUUUUAGAAUUACUCAGUCUACGAGAAAUAAUGAACUAUCGAAAAGUGCAUUCACUGUUCAGUCGAGCAGUGAUAGUUCGGAUGAUGAAUUCGAUAGAAUUUUGAAAAGUACUGGACGGCAAAUGUCGCUACAGCCGGAAGAGGAAGAUGAUGAUGUGGAUAUUGCCACUUCAACGAAAACAAGUGUAAAACUUAUUCAUCAUGAGUAUGACACAAUGCCUGCUAUCGAGGAGCUCAGGAUUCAUGUUGAAGAAGACAUUCUCUUAAAACAUUUUGGGAGAAUUGUGAACGUCGUCGAUAGAUUAGUAGUGAUUGAAGCUGAUUCAAAUACCGCACUUGAUUUUGACAGUGUUAUUUUUGAUUCUGAACGCAAUGCUGUAGGACGGGUGUUUGACAUCUUCGGACCGGUUGCUAAGCCAAUGUAUGCGAUUCUUUUCAACGAUGUUGAGGAAGCAAGUGAGUGGAGAGUGGACAGUGUAAUGUAUUAUGCACCAGGUGCUUCCCAGUUCACUCAUACAAUAUUUACCGAGAAAUUGAGGCAGCAAAAAGCCACUGACGGCUGUUGGGAUGGUGAAGGUGAAUGUCCCGAUGAUAUGCUAGCGUUUAGUGAUGAUGAAGUCGAACAGCGGUAUAAAGCAAAGCAUCGAUCUAUGAUAGUCAGCGAUAGAGGUCAACACAUUUUCGGUAAUCCAAGAAACAAAAAAGCACGGUACUCUUCAAAAUAUGGUCGACCAAAAUGUAGGAAUAAUAGGAGCAAUGGUUCGAAACAGUACGACGGUAGUACAGUAGAUAGUCAUAUUGAACAAAAUUCAGCGCGUCAGUCACCUUUUUGUUCAGCAGCAGUGGAGAAAAAUGGACUUCGACCAUUUCAGCAUGACCUUUGUUUCACAUCUUUUGGGAUGGUGGAACGCUCAAGUCAUUUAUUCUUUGAAAGAAAUAAGACAUGA